AUGUACAAGCUACCAGCAAGAACAAAACUUCCUGAGUCUUUACGGGACUGGUAUUCACCUGAAUACAAAGAAAAGACACAUGAAGAACCAUCUGCCAUAUCUAACAAACUUUUGGAAUCAUUAACAGUAUCAGAUGAAAUGAACAACUAUGUACAAAAAAUAACAUGUAAACAGUCAGAGUCACCGGUAUGGCAUGAUGUACGUUCUGGGAGAGUCACUGCUUCAACUGCCCAUGAUGUUCUUCACACAAACAUGUAGAAACCUGCUGAAUCUCUGAUAAAAAAAAUCUGCAAGAAAUCAAUUGUUUGUCACACAACUGUUCCCUCCUUAAAGUGGGGAAUAGAAAAUGAAAAGAAAGCUCUACAUGAUGCUCAUGUAAGGCAUGAGGAAAAUCACUCCAACUUUUCAAUUAGUUUCUCAGGAAUACAGCUUCAUCCCAAACAUCCAUAUAUUGGUGCAUCUCCAGAUGCGAUAUUUAUAUGUCAGUGUCAUGAAAUCAAAUGGCUGAUAGAAGUAAAAUGUCCAUACUCAAAACGGUACAUGUUUGUCAGUAAAAGAAGCUGCUAAUGACAAGUCAUUUUGUCUUGAUUGUGAACUGAAUCUGAAGCAAGGACACAAGUACUAUAUUCAAAUACAAAUCCAGUUGUUUGUUUUUGAUUUGCAAGAAUGUGAAUUUAUUGUUUGGACUCCACAGUGGAUGCAUAGAGAAAUUGUGUCAUAUAAUGGAGAAUUUAUUAAAAAUUCAAUUCCAGUUAUAGAACAAUUCUUCAAAAGAUAUAUCAUUGCAGAAUUAUUGAUAAGAAGGCUGGAGAAUAAAGAUGAACUGCCAGUUCCGACACGAAAACAUUAUUGUGUUUGCAUUUCAGAGUACACGUACAGCAGUGAGACUUGGAUUGGAUGUGACUCUAAAAACUGCAAAGGGGAGUGGUUUCAUUACAAAUGUGUUGGUGUUAAAAGACCUCCAAAGGGAUGCUGGUAUUGGCCAUCAUGUAAAAAAUCAAAAGGCAAGAAAAGGAAACACAAAGAAAAAUAG